AUGCCAAGGUACACGGCGCCACCCGAUAGGAGAACCCGUGAAGUCCGAGAUGCGCGAACUGCGAAGACAAAUGGUGCCCUCAACAUUGUGCAUGUGGGCCAGCAACAAGCCCAAUCGGUUGGUUUGGUCCACGUCGUUGAUGCGAGUCAAGUUGGCUUGUCGCGGAUGGAACGCGACUAUCUGUAUUCAUUCCGUUCGUAUACUGCUGGCCAGUGUGCUGGGUAUCACUUCGACCCAUUCUGGCAGGUUCUUGUCCAUCAAGUCUGUGAAUCUUGCCCCGAGGUUCGUCAUGCAGCUAUUGGUAUCGGUGCCUUGCAUCGUAGGUUUUCGAACCCCGGUUCAAACCGGAAUGACAUUUUCCCAAUCAAGCAGUCCACAAAGGCCAUUGCUUGUCUUCGCACGACUAUGAUGAAAGAUGACCAGACGGAUCCCUCGGCCACAGAGAAGGUUCUAGUAGCCUGCGUUGUCUUAAUUACAUUCGCUCUAUUCCAAGGCGAUGUUGAUGCCGUUCGCUGUCAUCUGCAAGCUGGCACUAAACUCCUUAUGGAGUGGAAAAAGAAAAAUACAACAAGCCCAGUUGCGUCGGUUUUAUUACAUACAUUCGUACAGCUCCAUAUUCAUUGGGCAAGCGCUACGCGGCUCCAGGAUUAUCUGGGGGGAGAAUAUCCCUAUCUUCGAGAACUUAUCCAUGAUAACCUCAUUGAUAUCUCUGCAUAUACCGACGAACUGUCAAAAGCAACUAUGCUGGUGUCUGUUCAAUGUUGGGCUUUAAUGUUUAGUGAUCCCGUGUCGUUUGACCCGCAGACCACCAAUCUAUCGCAAGGAUUUACAUGGGAUACACCCGCGAACAAAGUCCAUCGGCUUCAAAAGCAAGUGGAGGAGUGUCGUGCUCUUCACAGAAAGACUACCUGUGCCACAAAGCUCCGUGCCUUCAUGGUUCUCCAGAUACAGAUUGAGAUGCUGCAAAUUAUCCUCGCUUCAACAUCAUUUUCAGGCUCGGAAACAGAAUGGGACCCUCCUUCCCCAUUUCCAAAACAUCGCGGAUACAGCCGAAGUCUUGUUGAGUAG